CUGCGUUUCAUCUUCGUCGUCAGCGUUGUUCGCUUGCUUGCUUGUUUUGCGGAAUGUUGCGGAUUGCUGUGGAGACGGCAGGAAGGACUGCAGCACCCAGCAGUGUGAGCUGUUUGCUGCCGUCGCUGCGUGCCCACCUCAAAUGUGCUCGGGAGCUGUUGCGGGUGGCAGACUAUGACAUGGCGGUGACCUUUGUGAGCGCAGAGCGCAUGCGGGAAAUCAACCAGCAAUACAGGGGCGUCGGCGCAUCCACAGACGUCCUCUCCUUCCCCUUUCACGAGGUAACGACACCUGGCACGUUGCCGCCGGUUGAGUUUGAGGACGAGAAGGACUUGGGCGACAUCUUCCUCUCCCUGGACACCAUCCAAGCGCAGCAAACCUCCCACCUCACUCUCCAAGAUGAACUCAAGGUGGUGGCGACACAUGGGCUAUGUCAUUUAUUGGGCUACGAUCACGACACGCAAGCCAACGCAACCAAGAUGGCGGAGAAAGAGCGGGAAAUCUUGGAGCGGUGUAGCGAUAUCGAUGCACGGGCAUCCAUGGUUGACGUCGCAAUAAGAAGAAGAGCAAGUGGCGACGGCGACGCCAAGCGAUAGGGCAAACAAGGAAAACCCAGUUGUAACAAUGGGACCGCAUGGCAUGCGUAGCGUUGUCUCAAUACCAUACAAGUAAUAACACCACCCCUCGC